UUGCACAAAAAUUCCAAUCCGCCCAUCAAAUCCCCAAUCCCACAACUUCCUAUGACAAAAAGGAAUAGCAGGUACAAAAUGACGUAGCCCGCACGACAACGCCCGGAACGGGUUGCACAGUCGUCAGUUUAUAGUCCCGUCAGUCGAAGCGAGCGUUUAUGCGGAGUAACCUUCCUUCCCUACUCCCGAGCGAGUGCGAGUCAUGCAGUUCUACUCCAGAUAAACUUACUUCUAACAACACAUUCCCCUUCAAAUGUUUCGUUCGAUCUGAGAGCUACAGUGGACAGUUUCGUAAUAAUGUUAUGUUCUUCCGCAACAUUGCUGGGACGAUGCCAAAAUGGCACACGGGCAGUUCCCUAGAAGCGAAGCAAACCGACGACAAUAAAAACCCUCAUACCACCACCACAACCAUCAAGACCACAACAGUAACCAAUCGCAACCCCGUAGAAAAUCCCCAUCCAAACCACCGUAGUCCCUCUGCAGCCUUACGUACCGGCUUCCAGGGAUGUCCCCAUUCUCGCGUUUUCCCUUCGGUAACGCUCCCGAGGAUAGAGGGAUUUCCUGUUCCUUGUUCCUGAUUCACCCGAUGCCUAGGGAGGGGGGUGGUUUUCGUCAGGCCAGCCCAGGCCCCGGCGUAUUGUU